AUGCUGCGACAAGACUUCAAUCGGAUCGACCCCAAGAGGCGAAAUGUCCUCGACCACCGAAAGAAGCAGUUUGCCACCCCCCAGUACAAGGACCUCGACUACCCCCAUCGCCUCAACUUCUACGCCGAUGCCCCCACUGCAGACAUCACGCUCGAGCAGUUCGAGCAGUGGGCGAUCGACCGACUACGAGUGCUCGCUGAGCUGGAAGCAUGCUCGUUCCGCAACAAAACCCCCGCCGAGACGAAGGCACACAUGAUGCCCAUUCUCGACAAGUUCCUCCCCCUUGAGACAAACAGCUCGGGAUCUACCAAGAUGUUCGCCCAACGCCAAAAAGACCACUACAGCCACUUUAUUCUCCGGUUAGCCUUUGCGUCCACGGAGGAUCUCCGACGACGAUUUUCACGCGUGGAAACCACCCUCUUCCGCAUGAGGUUCAAUAAUGAUGACCUUGCGGAAAGGUCUGCGUUCGUGGGUGGCCUCGACCUGGACUGGUGGGAGUCUGUAACGGAAGACGAGAAGCACGAGUAUGCCGCGGAGUUGGCUGCUAUGACCAUUGGGCGGAAAGGCGGUGCUGAGGACGAGACCUGGUUCAAGGUGGACUGGGACCGAGUCCCUGAAUUGAUCGAAGGUCGAAGGGUCUUUGUGAGGGCUGGCAAGGCGUUUGUGCCUGGCCGAGAACAGUCCAGCAUGGUCGUUGCGGAGUUUACCUCGCGAUUAGACCGACAACUCGAGCUGACAGCUCGCGCUCUCCCCCGACUUGACGAAGACGAUCGCCUUACACCCAUCCUCAACCACCUCUCCAAGAAUUUUAUCACACCCGACUCCUCCUACAUGUCCGGCACCUCGGCACCCCCCGGCGCACAAAUCACCGCCGCCAAUGUUGACAGCCUCUCCCAGCACUUCCCUGCGUGCAUGUCCCACCUGCACCGCUCACUCCGUCGUGAUGCCCACCUCAAGCAUUUCGGCCGUUUGCAGUACUCACUCUUCCUCAAGGGCAUCGGCCUCAACCUGGAGGAGUGUCUCAUGUUCUGGCGAAGCAGCUUCAGCAAAGUCACUGACGACACGUUCAACAAGGAGUAUCGUUACAACAUCCGCCACGUUUACGGCGAUGUGGGCGGCGACUCGAACCGGAGAGGUGGUGGCUAUAGUCCCUUCAGCUGUCAAAAGAUUCUUACGGAGCACCCGCCGGGUCCUGGAGAGGCACACGGAUGCCCGUAUCGCCACUUUAACCUGGAGAAUCUCAAUGCACUAGUCCAGAGCAUGGGUGUUAGUGACCGAUCAGUGAUGCAGGGCAUCAAGGAGGACAAGGACAAACAAAAGUUUCACAUGGCAUGCAACCGUGUCUUUGAACAUCUUCACAAGGCCGAGAUUCGCAAGGCCAAGGACGAAGGCGUCAUGUCCCAGUCGCAGCUUGAGACGAUUGUGCACCCCAACGAGUACUUCAAGCGCAGCUAUUUGCUGAAGAACCUCGGGAAAGAGACAGACGUGAAGAUGGAAGGUUAA